UGUUAUGUUUGAUACCAUCAUUAUUUGUCAUUUAUUUUAGGUCAAGGUCUCUGUGAAGCUGUCUUUGAGACAGGGAUCUGCCCGCAGGGGAGUUUAUUGAGGAUCCUCCCUCGUAAGGGAGUAAGACAAGACGUGCAAAAUUGGGCAGAAACCAUGAUACAGUUAUAAUCGAGGCCUCAAGCCAUCCUAUUAGCAGCACUGAAACUGGGGUGGCCCUUCCAAGGUGGUCCAUGUCCAGGCAAGGUUACCAGGUCUUUGUGCCCUAACUUCAAGUGAGAGACUCAGCUGUGACAUCUCAGCAACCUACACUACUGGCAGCUAGGGGAACAAGUGGUGUUGUCUUGAAGGGUGGAUUGGGGUGGUAACUGGGGUUCACUAUAUUAGUACUAGCCGGUGGUCCUCUCCAUGGCCCUCUCUAACUCUUAAGACAAACACAGCUUUCAUAGCUCUUCUACCCCUCUCUCAUGAUCACCCACCACACACCUUCCUCACAACAGCCUCUGGCCUCUCACCUCUCUGCAGAGGUGCAUACCCUCUUCUGAAAAGCCAUCAACACAGUUUUUCCACUGUGAUGUUGUCUGCACCCAUAUUUGUGUGCCCUAUUCUCCACCCCAAGUUGGGGCCGUCUAGUUCAUGUCUGUGUCCUGAGCACCAAAAAGUCCUGGAUGGACUGGGCAGGACUCAGGGUUCACAGGGAGUAUGCCCCCUCCCCCCAAGGAAGUGGCGCCCAGCCCUCUCCACAAUGCAGAUGCACUUUCCUGUUGGGAAUAAAGGGCCAGAGGCUCAGCUUCCUUCCUUUCCAGCAUUUGGCCUUGGGGAAGGAGGGGCCUUGGACAGAGGAGGGUGCUCCUGGGCUGGGAGGUGGUACAGAGCCUUCCUUGGGGAGAAGUCUGCUGCGUGCUGAGGUGUGGGCUGGAACUACCCAGGCCUCGUGAGCCGGGGGAGAGAACACCCAGUUCUGCCCUGAAGACUGGGGAAGAGGGACAUCCUCAAGGCCAAGACUGUUUUCAAAGGAGAAAGAACUCGAUGCCUGGUCAAGUCUGACUCUUGCCCCCACUCCUACCUCAUCUUCGGCUCCUCCAGGGACUGCCAUGGACUCAGCAACCAAGGACGAAAUGCAGCCCUCACUUCCCCCCGGCUCUUCCUGCCCAGGGCCUGAGUGGCCAGAGCAGGAGAGGGCGGAGCAGCUUGCCCGAGGAGCAGCACUCAAAUGGGCCUCGGGUAUCUUCUACCGGCCGGAGCAGCUGGCCAGACUGGGCCAGUACCGCAGCCGUGAGGUUCAGCGUACCUGUUCCCUGGAAGCACGCAUCAAGUCAGUGGUGCAGUCCUACCUGGAGGGCGUGAAGACUGGCGUGUGGCAGCUGGCCCAGGCUUCUGAGGCCGUGCAGGGAGCCCGUGAGGCCCUGGGCCAGGCCCAUGGGUUGCUACAGGGUAUGGCAGAGACCACGCAGACCCUGAAACCGCUGCGGGAACAGGUUGCACAGCACAAGCAGCUGCGGGUCCUGUCUCAGCUGCUGCCCCGGCUGUGGGCAGUGCCAGCUGCAGUGGCCCACACACAGACCCUGAUUGAUGCCCAGCGGCUCUUGGAAGCAUAUGUGUGUCUUCGGGAGCUGGAGCAGCUACAAGAAGAGACAUGGGCCCCUCUGGAGGGCCUGGAGUUGCCAGUCUUUGAGGGGCUGGGCCCUCUGGCUGAGGCUCUUGGCCGGGCAGUGGAAACAGUUGCAGGGGCCGCAGGGCAGCUGGCAAGGGAGGACCCAGCCUUGCUGGUGGCCGCUGUGCGUGUGGCGGAGGUGGAUGCUGGGUACAUGGCCUCCCUAGAGCUGGCCCCCAGGGACUGGCGGCAGCGCUGUCUGCAGGCAUUACAGGAGGGCCUGGAGCGGACCCACUUUGGGACACCUCUUCUUCCUGAGCCAGGGGCCCUGGCAGGGUGGCUGGAAGCCCUGCGGGUGGCUUUACCAGCCGAGUUGGCCUUAGCUGAAGCACUAGUAGCACCCUGCUGCCCACCACACUACAAAGUGGUCCAGCUAUGGGCCCACACCCUGCACAGUGGACUGCGCCGCUGCCUGCAGCAACUCCUGGAAGGGCCCGGACUAGGAGCUGCUGAUGCCUUCACCUUGCUGCACUGGGCACUGCAUGUGUACCUGGGGCCAGAGAUGAUGGGGAGCCUAGAGUUGGGGCCUGAGGCUGAUGUGUCUCAGCUGGAGCCCCUCCUGACCCUGGAGAACAUUGAACAGCUGGAGGCAACAUUUGUGGCCCAAACUCAGGCCAAUGUGACCCAGUGGCUGCAGAGGGCACUGGAUGGGGAGGUAGCUGAGUGGAACCGAGAGCAGGAACCCGGCACAGACUCUUCUGGCUUCUACCACUCACCUAUGCCGGCCAUAGUGUUGCAGAUCCUGGAAGAGAACAUUCGUGUGACCAGCCUGGUCAGCGAGUCACUGCAGCAGCGGGUGCAUGGCAUGGCACUAUCAGAACUGGGCACAUUCCUGAGGAGGUCUGCCAAGGCACUGACCCACAUCCAACCCCUAGCCCUGCUCCUGGGGCAGCCCAAAGGGGAUCUGAGUGAAUUAGACACACUAGGAGGAAAGGGCAUCUUCAAAACAGGCUCUUGGGUUUCUUUGAGCUUUAGUGAUGCUCUGAUCCGAUUCUCUCGAGACCACACCAGUGGGGAAGCAACAGCUCCUCAUUAUGUGCCCUACCUACUGGCCACCCUCAACCACCAGUCAGCACUCAGCUCCUCCGUGUCAGGCCUGCAGCCCGAAGGGGCGGCUUCGGGAGCGUUGGCUCCGGUGGGGACAGCGCUGGACGAGUUACAGAGGAGGAUUUGCCGUCUGGUGUUGGAGGCGCUGCUGGCAGAGCUCCAACCCCUGUUCGCGGCUCUGCCCUCACGCCGGUGGCUGUCGAGCCCAGAGCUACUGGACGAUGUGUGCGAGCGGACAGCGCGCUUCUGCCAGGAGUUUAGGCGCGUGCGGGAUCCUGCGGCCCAGCUGCUCCUGGCGGAGGCAGAACGUAUGGUGGUACUGCAGUACCUACGUGCGCUGAUGCAGGGCCGCCUAGUGUGCCGAGGAGCCCACGAGAGGACCCAGGUGGCCGAGCGCCUGCAGCACGACGCGGCCCAGCUUCGGGAGCUUUUCCUUGGUUUGGGCCUAGAGGAGAGUGUUCAGUGCGCACCAGUGCUCCUCGCUCUGCGGGAUCUGUUGAACCUCCGCGACCCCAUGCUGCUUGGCCUCGAGGUGGCGGGUCUACGACAAAAAUUUCCCGACGUGAGCGAGGAUCAUAUCUCUGCCCUCUUGGACCUGCGCGGGGACGUGUCGCGGGAGCAGCGCCUGGCCGCACUCAGCUCCUUGCAGGCCGGCCCGCAGCCCUCGCCCUCUGCCGGUCGCCGCGCACUCUUCAGCCUAGUCCCAGCACCUACCCCUGCGCUGUCCUCUUGCCUUCCCUCGGGGCCCUGUGCCUGACGCCCGGCUGCCCUCCGGAUACAGGGAUGGCCCCCAGAGGCCUGAAUUGUGUAAUGGAGAAGGGGGUAUAAAAUAAAAGUGUGAUUGGGACGCCUGGGUGGCUCAGUGGGUUAAGCCGCUGCCUUCGGCUCAGGUCAUGAUCUCAG